UGUUGUCACCGCUUUAUUUGAGUUCACCUGCCUUGGAAGCGUGACUAGAGUACAUCGGCUUGUGUUGUAUAUCGAGUGUUAAAGUGAUAUUAUAACUUUAAAAAAGUAAGAAUACAUUUGGGUCUGGAUUAAUGUUGCACAUAGAGCCAACAAGACAAGCUGCGUGAUGUCGCUUUUAGAAGACAUCGUGGAUAUACUGCGAUGUGUCCUUGAGUAUUUUGGAGUUCCUGCUGACAUGCUGGUCCCGGUGUGGGACAAUCAACUCUGCGGACAGUAUCGAAGCAUCGUUCGGAUGAUAGGCUCUAAUCUGCCCCUGACUCCUUAUCCCCGACUCCACUUCCAGAUUCCGUUGCAAGUCCACAAGAGACAUGGCCAUCUUGACAUCAGUAUGGACAGUCCAGCAAUCCCAUCUUUUGCAGAUGUACUCUGGAUAGCAGAAGAUGUGGAAGACCACUUCGCCAAAUUCAGAAAUGCUAUUCCAUUGAAAAGAUGUCCGGUGCCUCAAGUGUUUGUGACGCCACCAGUGGAGAUGGUUGCAGGUCCCAUGUCCUUGCCAUCCUCGGCCCAGCUAGGUGGCAGGAUUUUGGGGCAAAGGACCAACCCGGAGGCCCUGAAGAAAAUCUCAGCCCUGGAGGAAGAGCUGCUCAAACUCCGGGCUCAGAUUGCAAUGAUUGUCACAGCUCCAUCAGCCUCAGUCUCCCCGUGCCGAUCCCAGCUCCCAGCUCCUGUUCAGACCUCAACUCCUCGAGCUGCCCCUCCUCCUCCCCCUCCUCCACCUCCCCCUCCUCCUCCACCUGUCUCUGACUCUCCAAAACCAUCCGCCCUGGAGACCAUAAAACAACGGAGGACGGCAAGCAAAGGCCUGCCCAGGAAGAGUGAGCUGUCUUUGGGCUCGGCCUCCACCAGUCUCCCCUCCAUGUUGGAUGUGUUGAAGGACCUGACCCAGGUCAAACUCCGCACGGUGGAGAGGUCGCCAGGCGGGACCCCCGUAAGGAAGAGGAGGAGCAAGGGCACUGUGUGUGCGUCCGACCCCGCAGCUUUAAUCGCAGAAGCUCUGAGGAAGAAGUUUGCCUAUCGUCAGAGAGACGACUCCUUCGAUAAGGAGAACCGAUCGGCUGAGCUGUCGCCCUUCGGAAGCCCCGAGGCGCCAUUUAUGCAGAAGCACACAAGGCGGAGCCAAGGACGAAUUCACCUCUAAACUUCUUAACUUCCCACAGUCGCCAGCAACCAAUCACAUCAGACAUUGGUGUGUUUGCAGCCAAUCACAUCAGACAUUGGUGUGUUUCAUCUGACUACUGCAUACUUCAGACGCUGCUUUCACAGGGCUUUGUUUAUGUUACUCACCCGCUCUCUCUAGAUGGUGUUAACAAGGCUGUCUUCUUGUUUUUUCACUGGCCUCCAUGUCCUAAGCAAUGGUACUUUUUGGUGGCUUUGAUACUUGUUUACUUCAGGUGAGGGAUAAAGUUCAAUAAUGCAGUCAUUUCAGUGAUGUCCGCUCAUGCUGUACGUGUUGUUUUGUUUUUAUUUGCUUUUUGCUGUUUUGUAAAGCCCUGCAAUAGCGGAUUCUGUGAUUGUUAAUUUAUGCAGUGACCAUUUUUGUCUGCUUGGGUGAGAGCUUUGUAAAUAUGUCUGACCAUAACUUAUAAAUUGUAUAUGACCUCAUGUUAUAGGUUGUGCAGAAAAUAAUGCAUAAAAUGUAACCACACAAGGAUACAAGUAGCCUGUAGAAAAUCCACCAGGGGCACUCUUUAAGAGAUACAACAAUGCAGCUUCUAUAUGGGCAACAUAUUAACACUGACUACCUAUCGACACGAUCGACCUCACGGUCUUAAUGACUGGUGUGAGCUCUGGACGCACACAAGGUUGUUUUAGCGUCUUUGUUCAAAGUCAAGCAAUACUCACCACCAGUGAGCCUCUCUUGCUGCAUAUUUUGAAUCCAUUGAAAACCUAUUUAAAACCCACAGGUGAUGGACUGCAACUGUAGCCCUAAUCUAUGCAACGGCUUCAUCUCUGUGGGUUAUGGUUUUAUUUUGUUUGUCUCACUUUGCUUUUCUUGGCCUCUCAUGCACUCUUCCUGGAUGUGUGUGGCAUGUGGCAGUCAGGUUUGUGCCCAUGACGGUUUGGCACACAGCCCUCAGCAUCAGCUCCACUCUCCCGUGGUCUCAAAUAACAGGCAGCUAAACUGAUCUCCAACCAGCAAGAGCACCUUCUCUUUACGCUGUUUUCUUCUUCAAGGCAAAGACCUGCUAAAUGGUGCAACAGUUUUGUAUUUUUUUUUUUUUUUUUUGUGGUGUUUUGCCUUUUGCCUUCCGAGAUGCCGCAGUCAUGGUGGUUGAUGUCCACACUCCUUUAUGUCAUGUUAUCAGAAAGUGUGGUGAAGGUUCAGAACUGUAGUGGUGGUCUAUGACCUGCUGCCUGCCUCUGGAGUGGACUAGUUUAAACUCCUGGCUCAUAGGUUUUACGGGGACUAGUUUAAACUCCUGGCUCAUAGGUUUUAUGUGGACUUGUUUAAACUCCUGGCUCAUGGGUUUUAUGCUGAUGGGUUUUAUGGGGGAGAAUCCUGUCUGAGAUUGUGUGCUAGUGCUAGCGCCGAUGUCAUCAGACCUGAGAUGCGCUUCAGAUGUGUGUGACAUCUCUGAGGCCUGCACACUCCGUGUGUGUGUGUGUGUGUGUUUUUCUGUGUGAGGGAGAGCAAGGGAGAGAGACUCAAGCAGAUGCUUUGUUGACACACAGCUUGGCAUGCUCUGAGGAUUCCCACACCAUGCUGGGCUGUGAAAGUGUGUGUGCUUGUGUGAAUUCUGGCAGACCUUUCCUUUUUCCUUUUUUUUUUUUGCACAUUCAGCUGUACCAGACCGACUCCAAUCUGCCUCAGUAUCCAGCCGUUACAGGCCUGUACGUGUUUAUUUAACAGGUUUAUAUCCUCAGUAUUCAGCCAGGCCUGUACGUGUUUAGGUUUAUAUCCUGUCUACUAACAAGGUCUAUAUCCUGUCCUUCAAGGUCAGUCUCUUAUGGGAGAAGACAGAAUGUUUUGGUAUUUGAGCAUAAUGUUUUGAAUGUUCAUUUAGAUUCUGACUCAAAGGUGUGAGGCUUGUAGUGUGUCUCUUCAAGCUGAAAGCUGUCUGGUGUCUGUCUUUCUAUCAAAAUAAAAUGAUUGUUGCUAUGGAAACUA